UCGUCUGUCUGUUACAAGCCUACCAGCCCAGCCCAGAUACAGGAGGACUCUGGCUUUCUUUACCCAGAUCACCAGUUAUUUGCUGGCAGGCAUGAAGUUUCUCCAUUAACAGCUGAAGUAAUCAGUGGUGCUAAAGAGAAAGCUGCCGAGGAGCCGCUCUGCACCUUGCACCCUCCCAGCUUCCUCCGGCUCCCAGAGGUGGAGAUGCGAGGGUCGGAGGAGGAGGCCGCGGGCACCGUGCUGCAGCGCCUGAUCCAGGAGCAGCUGAGGUAUGGCAACCCCAACGAGAACAUGAACCUGCUGGCAAUUCAGCACCAGGCCACGGGGAGCGCAGGGCCCUCCAACAGCACUACCAGCACUCUCUCUUCCACAGAAAACCUCGCGCAAGAAGAGCCACAAAUGCUCCAGCAGUCGGCCCGCCAGGAACCUCAGGGGCAGGAGCACCAGGGGGACAAUACAGUGAUGGAGAAGCAGGCGCGGGCCAUGCAGCCCCAGCAGAACAACGAAGAGCUACCCACCUACGAGGAGGCCAAGGCCCAGUCCCAGUUUUUCCGAGGCCAGCAGCCGGGGGCGGUUGGCCCGGGCUUUUACGUGGCUGGCGUGUCCACGCAGAAGUCGAGGACUGAAGGGCGGGCAACGGUGAACCGGGCCAACAGCGGGCAAGCGCACAAGGACGAAGCGCUGAAGGAGCUCAAGCAGGGCCACGUCCGCUCGCUCAGCGAGAGGAUCAUGCAGCUCUCGCUGGAGAGAAACGGUGCUAAGCAACACCCGCCUACCUCAGGGAGCAGCAAAGGGCUCAAAGCGGCAGCGCCGGCCGCGCCGCCCGCCAAGGCCAUGGACCCGCGGGGCCCACCACCCGAGUACCCCUACAAAGCUAAGCAGGCGGUGGCCCCCGUGAGCAAGGCGCCCGAGCAUGGGCUCUUCUUUGGCGACCAGCACGCGGCCAUGGGGCAGGAUGUCCUCAAACCCUCCUACGGGGCUCCGCAGCCCGCCCGGACCGAGGUGGCCGUCGUUCGGUACCAGCCGCCUCCCGAGUACGGGGUCACCAGCUUCCUCACGCCGGACGCCUUCGCCAUCGUGGAGCGAGCCCAGCAGAUGGUGGAGAUGCUCUCCGAGGAGAACCACGUGCUGCGGCAGGAGCUGGAAGGCUACUACGAGAAGGCGGAUAAGCUGCAGAAGUUUGAAAUAGAGAUUCAGAAGAUUUCAGAAGCUUAUGAGGGCCUGGUGAAGACCACCACUAAACGGGAGUCUCUGGACAAAGCCAUGAGAAACAAACUCGAAGGAGAGAUUCGGAGGCUCCAUGAUUUCAACAGGGAUCUCCGUGAACGACUGGAGACUGCCAACAGGCAACUAGCCAGCAGGGAGUUCGAUGGGCAUGAAGAUAAGUCAACAGAGGGCCUUUAUGUCACUCAGAACAAAGAGCACUUGAAGGAAAAGGAGAAGUUGGAGAUGGAGUUGGCAGCCAUGCGCUCUGCCAACGAGGAUCAGCGGAGGCACAUCGAAAUCCUGGACCAGGCUCUAAGCAACGCCCAAGCCAAGGUCAUCAAGUUGGAAGAGGAGAGGCAGGGCAGCUACCAGACAGCCAGCAUCCCGGAGCACAACGCUCCGGCCCUCAUGGAGCUGGUGCGGGAGAAGGAGGAGAGGAUUCUGGCGCUGGAAGCAGACAUGACCAAGUGGGAGCAGAAGUAUCUGGAGGAGAGCACGAUCAGGCACUUUGCCAUGAACGCUGCAGCCACAGCUGCGACCGAGAGGGCCGCGGCGGCGCCGACGCACUCGCGGAGCGGCAGCUACGGCGAGGGCACCUGGCAGGAGGAGGAGGAGGUCGCGCACGCGCAGCGCCGCUGCCAGGACAUGGAGCACACAAUAAAGAAUCUCCAUGCAAAAAUAAUCGAGAAAGAUGCCAUGAUCAAGGUCCUGCAGCAGCGGUCACGGAAGGACCCUGGUAAAAGCGACAGUGCAAGCUUGCGACCCGCUCGGUCGGUCCCAUCCAUCGCGGCAGCUGCAGGUGCCCAUUCGCGGCAGACCUCGCUCACCAGCAACCAGAUAGCGGAGGAGAAGAAGGAGGAGAAGAUGUGGAAGGGAAGCAUUGGGCUGCUGCUGGGCAAAGAGCCCCCAGAGCUGCCAGGGAGCCCCGCGACAGCACCUGCGCCGCCCUCGCUGCCGAGCGCGCCGGCCUCGCACGCCAAGACGGGCAGCAGGGACAGCAGCACGCAGACCGACAAGAGCACCGAGCUCUUCUGGCCCGCUGCCCCCAGCGCCUCCCUGCCCAGCCGAGUGCGUCCGGGCACUGCCGUCACGCACAGCCCGGCCCCGCGGCUCCCCACCACCCGCGAGAAAGACAACUGCAGUCAUGGGAAACCACCUGAGAACAAGGGCAGAGUGAGCAGUUUGCUCCACAAGCCCGAGUUCCCCGAUACAGACAUGAUGGAAGUUCUCAUCUGAGCAAAGGAUGGCAUCUCUGGGGGUUUGAGUGCAUACAUUCAGGUGCAAGGAGCUCAUCGGUGUGCCAACCUUACAAACUGACUGGGAGAGUUUGAAGGAAGGAGAAGAAAGUUUGUGCCUGAAAAGAAGUUUUGAGUCUGGUGUGCUGUGGCUUUGGACCAGGCAAGAAGGAAAAACAGCUGAA